UCCUCCGGGGAGAGGCAGGCUGGAAGGAGGAGGUCCUCCCACAGCGUGCUGGGGCAGAGCCGCGUGUGAGCAAGGAGCACCAUGGCCGAGCGGCUGUCGGAGGAGAAGAUCGCUGAAUUCAAAGAGGCUUUUUCCCUUUUUGACCGGGAUGGAGAUGGUUGCAUCACCACGAAGGAGUUGGGCACCGUCAUGCGCUCCUUGGGGCAAAAUCCCACCGAAGCGGAGCUGCAGGACAUGGUGGGGGAGGUGGAUGCCGACAACAGUGGCACCAUUGAUUUCCCCGAGUUCCUCUCGCUGAUGGCGAGGAAGAUGAGGGACACAGACAGCGAAGAGGAGAUCCGAGAGGCUUUCCGUGUCUUUGACAAGGAUGGCAAUGGCUACAUCAGCGUGGCGGAGCUGCGGCAUGUCAUGACCAACUUGGGCGAGAAGCUGACGGACGAGGAGGUAGAUGAGAUGAUCAAGGAGGCCGACUGCAACAAUGAUGGCCAGGUCAACUACGAGGAGUUUGUGAGGAUGAUGACGGAGAAGUGAGCCCAACCACCACCCACCUCCAGCCCCAUCCCACAGGGAACAGAGGUCACGGUGGUCCCCCAGCCCCUACCACCUUCUCUCCACCAUCCCAGGCUGGAAAAAUCCUCUUUUAUCCCAGCUGGAGCAUCACCAGCCAGUGUCUGCAAUGGAUGUGUGCAUCCCAUGUGGCAGGAUGGGGCUCGGGGUGCAGAUGAACGCGAGGGGGUUCCUCCCAAUGAGAUGCACCUCUCAUGUCCACAGAGAUGCUGGUGGCCACAGCACCUUCCCCUGGCACCGUGCCAAGUCCAAUAAAGAAAUGCCCCAC